AGAAACUCCGGUGGUGCGAGGAAAAAUAAAUCGAGGAUAUCGCGAGACAAGUGAAUAGUGUGAGGCCUUCAAAAAGUGGUUGGUUUUUCAGUGUCCGAGAAACGUGUCAAACUCAUGGCUCGGAACACCGUGACCCCGUGAAGGAAAAAAGUGGCAGUUGUUUUGGUUCUGCGUGUGGUGAGGAGUGACAACUUCUUGUCAAAAAUCGGCGCGGGAAGCCGAGAGAAGUCUAGUUAUGGCGUACAAGUUUCGAGAGGAGAUCGUGGGAAAGAGGUUCCUCUCAGUGAGUGGUUUCGGCAAGCUUAAGGUGAAUAAAAUCAGUGAGUGGGGUUGGCGUGCCGGUUUUAUUCGUGCUGCCAGUCACAGGGAUAACCUCUGCCAGGACCUUCAGGUCUUAGUAGAAUACGACGACGUAGAAUGGCAAAGGCGAGAGUGGUUGUCACCUCACAGGGAUGCAGUGUUUUCUUUUUUCCUCGUUGAAAAGGGUAUUUGCUGGGCCGAACGACCUGACCCCAGGCAUACCAGUCUAAUCGCUAUUGACCACCACAACUCCAACAACAAUCAUCAUCUUCGCAUCAACGGAAAGUCAUUACGGGGUACCCACGCUGCAGCGAACACCGUAGCUUGGCCAGCACUCACCUUCUAUACACUCGUGGCACGUGCAGAACUUCCGGAGGACACAAUGCCUGUGGAAUUCAUGCAGGAUCGACGAAUGGAUUUCGUCGACUACUCUAGGCUCAAACCCUUCACCCGGAACUGGGAACUGACAAAAGGUCCAACACCCUGGGGUAGUGCUGUCAGAAGAUGGACAGAGAUGCAAGAUGGUCAGAGGAUUCUCUUGACCACUCCAAGUGUACUUGUUGGAUUUAGAGUAGAAGUUUAUCGUGCUGAGGGAACAACACAAUGGUAUACUGCAGUUAUCGUUGGAUAUAACGAGUCAACUAAGGAUUUGACAGUAACAGAUGACACAGUGCUUGAGGAUCACAACGAAGAUCCGAGCCUCGUGCAAAUGCGCCUAAUUGGAGAUGGAGUCGUGGAGAGCAUUAUGAGGGGCGAGGUCGUCGGCAUGACGCCCAGGAGGUCGAGGUCAUCGACUGCUUUAAGCCACGCGCUGGUCAUGCCCCGACCUGGUCGUAGGCCAAGAGGACGUCCAGGAAAUGCAACCCAAUUGCCUUCUCUGAGAACCCCGAGCACAGUUUCCCAGCAACUAGAAAAAGAUAAGAGCAGUACUCGCAGUAACCGCAGGAGACGAAUCAGCGAAAGUGUUAGUCGAGAAAAGGGCGAAAGAACACAAGAGGAAUCGGAACAAGUUCUGUCAGUGGGACACGAGGAUCGUGAAAAUAAGGGACCUUCUGCUGGAAGACCUGGUAACCGAACGCUGAGAACAGUUUUGGAAGAAGCAAACCCUGUACCGUCUAGCUUAUCAAAAUUACGGCGUCGCGGAACUACAGUAAAGAGUCCUGUGGAAAGCCUUUCACAAAGGCCAGUGCGGAAAAAACCUCGACCAGUUCGAAAUCUCAAGCUCGCUGGGGAAUACGAAUCGGAGGAGCAGCUGUUUGUCAAGGGCGAUAAGAAGAAUCGUCUCGAAUGUAGGUCCGAGGUUAAAGGUGAUACAGGGAAGGCGGAUCGAGAGGAAGAAGAAGAAUGCUGUGAUCCUUUGAUAAAAAGGCUCAAGGCAAAUCCCACUACUCGUAAGACCAGAUCAGAGAGGAAGGAGUCGGAACGGGAGAUUCGAGAUAACGUCGACGAGGAAGAAGACCAUUCACAAGAGUUUAAGAAGGGAGUCGAGGACAAACCGGAAGAGGAAAGCGAAUCCAGGGAGCGAGAUCGUGAGCCCGAACCUCCACCUUCGAGUAGAGUAGACACAGGGGGUGAUAAGAAUUUGACGGUAAAAACUGAAGCGGACAGCAAACUAUCAGCGGACGAUUUUGAUGAACGUUUGGUGAAUGGAUCGGUCGCGGAUGACGUCACAACUGACGCGGAGAAACGCCUCGGGAGUGCAUCAACUUUAAACAGUACAAAGAUAUCAAAGAAAGAAGAGAAGAGAAAAGAGGACGAGGAAGAAGAGGAGAAAUCCCGAGAAUCUAGUGCUCCCGGAAGGCCAGAUCCGACCGCGGACGUGACAGAAGAUAGCGGCCAGGGUAGCAGUGCCAGUGGUGCCAGAGCGGCAAGCGUUGAAUCCGUCGAGUUGCUCGAGUCCAGUAGUCAGGACUCAGGCUCCGUGCUGGAGAGGUUGAGUCCUUUGACCGGCGGCCGUGGGCGGCAAAGCCUGCUCCUGGAGGAGCAGGAACGCAAUCGUCACAACGAAAGCCCAGUUAUCCUAGCCGAGAGAUUGAACAAACCUCCACCGUCCAUCUCGGGACACCAUCUGCAGUACCAGCAUCACUCUCUUCACCACCAACAACAGCUUCAUCACCAGCAUCGUUACUCAGCCGGCAGUCCUGUGAUCCAUCAGCAACAUCUCCAGAUUCCCGGCAGUCCUCAUCACCAUCAUUUGACCUCGGCCAGCCUCCUCGAGGUGCAACAGCAGUCUCUACCAUCGCGGGGCGGCGAUGAGGCCGGCCUCAUGGAGGUGGAGGCCGGGGCCGGAGUUGGUAUACCAGGCGGAGGCGUCCUCAGUGGCGUCCCUGCCGCUGGAACAUUGCGUGCUGCCACCUACGGGGACAGCGGCUCCGACAGCGGGGUAAGCUCGCUCAGGAGCGCCGGUUCCGGGGACGAGAGAAGCGGUAGUCGAAGUUCUGCCCUGAGCGCGGAGGAAACGGCGCCAGCCGCUACACCGGCACGGGUUUGGCACGUUCAAAGCGUCCAACAUACUUCUCUACUGAUGGCCCAUCCCCAAGGCCCACCAAACCCCGCGGCCAGCUCCACGUCCUCCACGGUACCGCCGGUCGGUUACCAGAGUUCCGGUCCUCCGGGUCAUCAUCAUCCAGUUGUCGCGUCCGAGAUGCUGUGGAGACCGCCCAGAUAUGCACCACCUCUACCCCAUGCCCUAUUGGCUCCAACGCAGCCCAGUCCUGAUGAACUCCUGGAAAGGGAUCGACACGAGAGGAUGCUUCGGGAGCGACGUGACGCGGAAGUGCGGGAGUUUGAGAAGAGGGAGAGAGAAAGAGAACGUGAGGCUAAGAUGGAACGAGAAAAGUUAGAGAAAAAAGCGGCUGAUCAAGCAGUUCAAAAACACUUCGAAGCUUCACUCAGGCUAGCGCAUCAAAAGGUGUCUUAUGCUCCACAGAGAAAUAUGCAAUCAUCUUCGAUGGCGUGGAAUAACUUUAUUCCUUUACCACUUCCGGGGAGUCGGACCCAUGGCACACCACACGGGGCAUUAGCUCCUCAUGGCCAUCAUCAUCCUGGUGCAGUGUCUGCGCAUCCAGUAACGGUUGCUCAACAACAACAGCGAGAACGAGAGGAGCGAGAAGCUAGAGAACGUGAAAGAGAUGCAGCUGUGAGAGAGCGCGAACACCGGGAACGGGAACACUUGGCAGUUGCGGAACGAUUACACAGGCAAGCAGAAGUCAGAGAUCAUGCUGCUGCCCAUCAGCGAGCUACGUACUACGCAACUGCUGGACAACCUACCGCUCAACAGGUAUCCCGACCGUCAAGUGUACCUGUAAAAGUAGAAUACCCUCCCCCUGCACACUCGAGAACGUCGAAAUCGUCGAUCUCGGUGGCGAGUCUCCACGAAAAGCCUCAAGUUGUGGGUCCACCUCACAGUGUGUUACCGAAGGCGGAGCCGAACGUUAGUCUUUUUGGUUAUUCGGCAUACCAACCACAGGCAUACAUGCACGAGAUCAAAGUCAAGAGUGAGCAUCAGUCCCACAAAGCUAUGCCUGGCAAGAGUGCUAGUCUUUCGGGUAGUCACGAGAGGGAUCAUCAUGCCAGGGAGGUUCUGUCGAAUCCACCACCGUUGUUGUCGGACCACAAAAGUUCCGUUAUUGUUAAAAAUGAGGGACGAGAACUGCCGAAGGCACCCACACCCCAGCAGCACUCGCCCAGUCCGAAGAUGAUGUCCUACCUGAACGUUCAACCAGUGACUCCACAACACAAGCCCUCUGGCUAUGAAUACAGAAGUCCGACCCAGAGUCCGCACCACCAUCACCACCAUAUGGAGAGCAUGCAGGCGAAAAACAUGCCCCAGAGUCAUCACCGACCAGGCACGACUGCACAGUUACCCUCGCCACAUGGUCACACGACCCAUCCACACAAUCGACAGUCACCUCAUGCUCAACAUCAGCAUCAACCUCCUCAUAAUCCGCUUCCGGAGCCGAGGUAUCUCAGUAGGCCAGGUCCAGAACCCGGGAUGCAGUACGGAGCCAAGCCUGCGUACUCUUAUCCCCAUCAACCUACAGCAUCGUCGACCACUCACUAUGCUGCGCCAGCAGGUUCCAAACCCAAAGUCAGCAGUCCAGCACCGUCGCAUAUUUACGGGAAACCGAAUUCCGGCAUCAUGACUGGCACACCGGUGUGCAGAGCAUCAGAUCCUGGUGGCCCGGUGGCGGGGCCUUUGCCGCUGACAUCGAAAGCCGGAAGCUCGCCUUACCAACAAGUACCUCAUCACCACGGGGCACCACCUCCACCUCUCCCGCCACCGGCACACAGUAGUAGGUCCGUGUACGACUCGAGAGGUUUCUCCGGCUCAGUGUCGGCCUCGAAGUUACCACCACCGCCUCUUCACACCUCGCCACCAACCUCGGCCUCGGCGCCCUUGUCCAGGUCGGUUGUUCAUCCCGCUCAUCACACGAGUGCGCAUCAAACGCCUGGACAGCAACAGUCCAUUCCGCCUCAGCAGCCAAUGUCUUCUGCGGCCUUCCAAACUCAACCACUCGACCUGGGAGUUGAGCGAACGAGCUCGCCGAAGAGAAAAGCACCGACGCCUUCGGAUGAUGGGAGCGGGCAGCCGGUAUCGCUUGAAAUUUGCAAGAAACGUCGAGUCGAAGAACCACAGCCCUUGUCGUUGCAGUGUGUGGGUCCACCUGUUCUGUCGAGGGUCAGCGAACCUAGUCCUCUCAUUGCCUCUGCGGCAACGUCCAUUACCACUGUCGUUAAUACGGCGCUUCUCGUACAACCCAAUAAUCAGUCACAGGGACUCGAGCGAACGGUAACAUCCGUAAGUCCGGCACCUAGAACUGCCAGUGGGGACGGAUCAGUGAGACCUGCCAGCACCGGAAGUGUGAGCUCGCAAAAUCCCACACCUAGUUCAGCCCCGAGUCCUGCCCCUAUACCCAGCCCUGCACCAUCAGCAGCACCGAGUCCCGCGCCACCAAGUGCACCCGGAACGCCCGCCAAGGCAAACUCCACCGUUGACAGUGAAAAGUCGAAUAGUCCAGCACCACGACCUCCUAGUAAUACAAAGUAUCCUGUGCACAAGUUGAAGAAGGCGUGGCUCCAGAGGCACUCUGGUGAAGACGGAACCGAAGAUACGACCGGUGUCGUCGGCAGUGGGUCCUGUGUAACGCUGCCACUUAAUAUUGCUCAAGCACCCUCACAGCCACUGAAUAAUAAAGAACGAGAAACCACGUCCACUAGUGUGCCCAGUGCCGUUAACUCUAUUCAUAAUAUUGGAAGUAUGGCGGUGAACAGUAUAAAUAAAACUAAAGUCACGGGGAAAAGCGGACGAAAGCCUGCGACAAAGGAAGCCGUAAACGGACACGUGACGGACGCCAAAAGCUUGCAAGAAGACUCAUCCAGCAGCGAUCCUGAGAGGAAGUCGCCGCCUAAGAGAAAACCGCCCAAGGUAAAACGAAAGAAGGGAGCCGCUCGGAGACAGCAAACAGUUGCAGAGGAUCAUCGGAGGAGAAAAGACGAGAAGCUGGCGGCAGCAGGUGCUGCUGCGGGAAGUGAAUCCAGUAACGAGAGUGAGGCUGGCUCGGUUAGCGACACCAGCGAACAAUUAGGCUCUGCCCAACCUGCCGCAAGAGGGCGACAUGCCACCGCCAAUUCCAACAAUUCCUCGGGAAACGGUGCCAACAAGGAACCGAGGAAACGAGGCAGGCGACCAAAGACCUCGAAGGGCAGCGACGUAGGCGAAGAACAGCAACCUCGGUCAAAAAAGGAACGCAGGGACGAUAGCACGGGCGCUGGCGGUAGUGGACCAGGUGGUGGUGGCGGAAGCGGCAAGGGUGAUCCCUUUCGGAAGCCUUCAAUCUCACAGCUAAAGAAAACGGGGGAAAGUUGGUUGCAAGACGCGAAUUGUUGCGAUGUUGCCCCAAAAUUAGCCAAGUGUCGCGAGUGCAGAAUGACACCGCACCAAAAAUCCAAGAAUCUGUACCAGAAUAUCUUCUGUAGGUUCUACGCGUUUCGCAAGUUACGCUACACGAAAAAUGGGCAACUAGCUAUUGCGGGAUUCAGCGAUCCUCACAAAGAUGCUUCAGAUGAAGACCUGUGGCUCUGGUCAUCCGAAAAAAACGUUGAAAGUAAGGAAGAAAAGUCUGGCAAGAACGAGAAGGACAAGGAGAAAGGAGAGAGAGAAGACCUAGAUUUGGAAAUGGCGCAUCGCCUUCUGUGUCAAGUGGGAGAUCAGUUUUGUGAUUUGCUUCAUCAGGAAAAGGAUGCACUCAAGGAACACAUGGUUGAAGCGAGUUCGGGGGUUGUAGACGGAACUGUUGCCUGGAAACGAGUCGUGCAAGGAGUUCGUGAGAUGUGCGACGUCUGCGAGACUACCCUGUUCAACUAUCACUGGGCUUGCGGGAAGUGUGGAUUUGUCGUCUGCAUCGACUGUUACAAGGGUCGCAAGAACGGAACCAUUAAGAUCUGGGGCGAAAGUGGGAAAGACCGAGAUGAUUUUUCAUGGUUACUCUGCACGAAUCGACAAGUCCACGAGCCUGCGAGACUAAUGCUCACGCAGAUAAUUGCUGGCGAUAGUCUCCUGCAAGUGGGUCAGCGUCUCCACGAGUGUCGCAAUGAAUGGGGAAUUCCUCAGUACUGCAACUGCUCUCUCGUCACUCCAUCCAGUCCCAACGAUGUACUUAGAAACUUGAUCAAAGGUGAUUCUCUAGCUGUCAUGAACGGCAACAUCAAGCAAGAACCCAAAGAAGCAAAGAAGGUAGAGUCAAAUGGAUCUUCGGAGAGCAAAACUAAUGGAGAGGACAAGAAUUCGCCGUUAAAUUGGCUUGCUGAUGUUGCACUCUCAAAUGAGGGUAAAAACGACAGUGGUUCCAGCUCAGAUUCGGAGGCAGAUGGCGAAGGCAACUAUUCAACCUUGCGAGAAUUGCUUAUCAGGCCGUCUAACAAAUCCAACGGAAGUAGUGGUUCGAGGUCGAAUUCUCCUACGAACAACACGAGCAAUUCGAACAACACUCCAGAUAAGAAUGCAACAACGAACAACGUCUCAAAGGGCAGCAAAAAAUCGAAGAUGGACACCCUGGAUGAGGUGAUUUCCAGCGUGAUCGAGCACAGCGUGAAGAAAGGGAAAGAGAGCGGUCUCGACACCGAUGAGAAGCCGCGCGAGUUGAAGCACUUUGUGCGCCGAUACAAGUGGACCCAGCGGGGACGGGAGCCCUUACCUAUUAGAAUAAUGACCUUGACCGAGAGCAAGAGCCUUUAUCCCGACGUGUCGCACUCGUGGCUGUGUGAUGGCAAACUGUUGCGAUUAAACGAUCCGAAUAACCCCAACAACUACAGGAUAUUCCAAGAUCAGUGGAAGCGAGGACAACCCGUGAUUGUUUCCGACGUUUCCAAGUCCCUCGACAAGGACCUCUGGCAUCCUGACUCGUUUGGCCGGGACUUUGGCGACGAGAAGAACGAUCUCGUGAACUGUAUGACUGGAAAUUUGGUGCCGAAUCAACCAAUGCGCAAGUUUUGGGAAGGAUUUGAAAAUUUCUCGAAGAGAUUGAAGGAUGAGAGGGGACAACCGAUGCUCUUGAAGCUCAAGGACUGGCCUCCCGGCGAGGACUUUGCGGAACUGUUGCCGUCUAGGUACGCCGAUUUGAUGAAGGCUUUGCCCCUCUCCGAGUACACUCACCGCACGGGAAGAUUGAAUCUUGCGAGUCGACUUCCUGACUGCUUUGUGAGGCCUGACCUUGGACCGAAGAUGUACAAUGCUUACGGUUCUGCCCUACAUCCGAACAAGGGAACAACGAACCUUCACUUGGAUAUUUCAGACGCUGUCAAUGUGAUGGUGUAUGUGGGAAUUCCCAAGGAUGGUGACAACGAUGAGCAUAUUAAAGAGGCACUUAGAGCGGUAGACGAAGCAGGCUGUGAUAUUCUAACUCGUCGUCGGGUUCGUGAGCGGGGAGAAGCACCCGGUGCAUUGUGGCAUAUUUAUGCUGCGCGUGAUGCGGAUAAAAUCAGAGAUCUCUUGAACGCAGUUGCAUUGGAGCGGGGAGCGCGCCUGGAACCUUACCAUGAUCCUAUUCACGAUCAGAGUUUCUAUCUCGAUGGACCACUUAGAGAACGAUUGUACCGUGACUACGGUGUUGAGGGAUAUGCCAUAGUGCAGUGCUUGGGAGAUGCAGUGUUUGUUCCAGCUGGUGCUCCGCAUCAGGUGCGAAAUCUGCAUAAUUGCAUCAAGGUAGCAGAAGACUUUGUGUCGCCGGAAAAUGUCUCGCACUGCUUCCAUCUGACUCAAGAAUUCCGAGCACUGUCUGACACCCACACGAAUCACGAAGACAAACUGCAGAUCAAGAACAUCAUCUAUCACGCAGUGAAAGACUCGCUGACCGUUUUGGCCCACGCGAAGGACGACAAUGUUUCGAAGGGACCAGCUAAUUCCGACGUGAAAGUCAAGGAAGAGACGUAGCGCAAAUCCCUGGCCAGGAUCGUAAGAUCUGUUGUUCGUUGAUUGACCAAUUCUGGUUGUUGUGCCCCAAAGUCGUCGUCGUCGACUCUUAAUGAUGUUCGAGCGGUGCUCCCCCGAAGUAAGUGCGAGCGACAGAAGAAGAAGAUGCGAUGAAAGGUGCGAGCGAGGAAGAUAAUCAGCCAGAAAACGCUCCGAAGUCUUGGACGGGAUGAACAGAAAGGAGUUUGUGAUAUUGUACGAGUAGCUCGAAUGUGUUUGCUUUUUUCAUUGGCUGAGCCAAAUAAGGUUUUUCGUUAUUUCUUCUUGAUUUGAGUUUCUUUCUUUUCUUCUCUAUUUUCUUUCUUUUUCCUUUUUUUUUUCAAUGUCUCGUUAUUAUCGGACAUGAAGUCCGUGAGAUUGUGUCUCAGUUAAUCUUGGAUCGGGUCGCUCGCUCGCUCGCUUGUUCGCCCUGCGUCCAUUACCAUUGUGAUACCAGAUGGACUUGGAUCAUACAUUGUUUGUAAUUAAUUAUAUCGUGCCUGUAUCCAAUACACACUGUCUAUAUAUUAUAUAUAGAUGUAGAUAAUCGAUACUUUGUAAGAAAUUCCUGAUAGCGAUUGCCGAUAAAGAAAGAAAAAAAGAUGAUGUCUAGGAAGGUACUUUGUGCAAUUAGAAGUCGUCCUCGUUGUAGCGGCGACGUUUCAGCGGAUCAACGCUCUUUAUCGAUCCGUUUCGUGUGCUCUCAUGGUGUGUGUGGUGUUUUCGAUGUUGUCUGGAUUCAGGGAAUGGACGAUACCUUUUUCACUCUCUCUCUCUCUCUCUCUCUCUCGCUCGCUCGCUGUGAUUGAUGUGUUCCGAAUUGUAAAAGUAAAAGUACUGCCGCGCUUGCUACUGAUGUUCGCUUAAACCGAGAAGGGAAAUUGUGAUUAAUUUCCUUCUUUCGUCUUGUUUGAUUUCGACUUAUUUGUUGCUCUAUCUUUAUGGCGAAAAAAGUGUCAUCCGUUCAGCGUCUAUGGAAAUAAUAAGGGAUAUUUGUGUAUAUAUUUUAUUGCCUUUUCUAAAUCUACAAAACAAGGAGUGGGCAAGCUGUUGUUUUUUUUUUAAAUUUUAUUAUUAGGGAAAAUGGAAAAGAAAGAAGCAGGUUUUACAGUUUCUUGAUAUUGCAAACUUAAUUUUCAAUUUCUACUCAGUGGCAGUAGGUACUGUCAUUAUUUAGUAAUGCAAGCCUAAAGUUAGGCUGAUGAUAUAUUUAUGCGCGAACUUUUUAAGUGCCAAUGUUGAACGGUUUGGGGACGGAAAUAUUGUAUGUUGAAAUUAUGCGAAAAUUGAAUGCGUGGACGUGCAUCAUCCAGUUCCUGACGUUCGACAGUCCGUAUCGAAUGAUUUAUUCACACCACGUGACAGGAGAAGUGAAAUUUUUUUUACAAGGGAUAUGUUCGAUUCGAGGAGACUCUUGGUCGAAAAGUACCUUCGGUUUUUUGAACGUCUACUUUCCUCAGUUUUAUUAAUUUGAUUGUAAAAAUGUGAUGAAUUUUAUUAGACCUUGGGUGGAUGGUUAGUGAUACCUUUCCCCUUUGGUUGUUUUUUGAAUAAGCAAAUGGAGGGAGAGAGAGAGAGAGAGACAGCGAUUUCAGUAAACUGCAUUUAUAAUCCCUCGCCGAGAGUCUAGCUCGAAUCCGAAGCGUCGUUUGGAAAAUAUGUAGAAAGAAAUACUGGAAUCCUGGAAUUUGCAAUUUCUUUGAUCUCAAUAUUUGUCUAGCAUACAACGACUCGAUUAAAUGAUAACUCACGAGUAAAGUAAAGAAUAUCUUAGCGUUAACGAAUACGAUACUUGAAUAAUGUUAGAAAAAUGGUAAGCAACAAAAAAAAAAAUACCCUUAUUAUCUGUGAACGGGGGCAGCAGCAGUGUAUAAAGAAGUUGUAGGAAGCGUAUUCUAUGUAUUAUUAAUGUCGCUGCAGACAAAGCUAUUAAACAAAAAAACUCUCGCUACGUGUAAAUACAUACAAACAUUUAUACAUAUAUACAUGUAUGCAUAUAUAAAUAUGAAGGAAGAUGAGGAGGAUUAGGAGGAGGAGGAGGAGGAGGAGGAGGAGGCGGUAUGAGGAGUAGGAGGAAGAAGUCUAGUUUUAAGAGAAACACUCCACCACAAGACGGAAAGCACUUUACACGCGUAGGUAGUUAGUCUAUUAUUAUCAUUAUUCGAAUAAUAAUAAUAAUUACUAUUAUUAUCAUUAUUGCGAUUAAUAAUUAUUACGAAGAAUAUGAUAUUUAAAUGUUGCUGAAGAUGCCGAACGUACGGUGAAAAAUAUGAGCGUCUAGUAGUUGUAUAGUGUGAAGGACGGAAGUGCGAAAGGACGACGAAUGAUGAUCGAGUGGAGUUUAAAAAAGUGUGUGCGUGUGAAGGUGCGCGUGCGUCCGUGAGUGGCUCAGAGAAGAAGGUGCGCAUGAGAGAAGAUGAUUGUGCCGUGGAUUGGGGGCGAAGUGGUAUGGACAAGACAAUGUACAGACCUUAGAUCCUUAAAAAUCCUAACCCCAGUGUCCUGCCCCACCUGACUCCACUCCACUUCACGCCAACCCAUCACCGGUCGCCCCCAAUCACAGCAGUUAUGAACCGCGGGCCGGCGGGUCUGAGUAUAAUUUUUUGUACUGUGUAAAUGUAAGAACAUACGUUUGAAUAAGAAAAUGUUUAUAUUAUGAAAA